GCCCUGUUGGUCUGACCGCCUCUUGAUCCACCGGCCUUGGCCUCCCAAAGUGAGGGGAUGACAGGCUUGAGCCACCGCGCAGGGCCCAUUUAUUUAUUUUAUUUUAUUUAUUUAUUUUAAUUUAUGUAUGUAUGUAUGUAUGUAUGUAUGUAUUUAUUUAUGUAUUUAUUUUUGAGACGGAGUUUCGCUCUUGUUGCUCAGACUGGAGUGCGAUGGCGCAAUCUCGGCUCACUGCAACCUCCGCUUCCCAGGUUCAAGCGAUUCUCCUGCCUCAGCCUUCCUAGCAGCUGGGAUUAUAGGCAUGUGCCACCGCGCCCGGCUAGUUUUGUAUUUUCAAUUGAGACGGGAUUUCUCCAUGUUGGUCGGGCUUGUCUCCAACUCCCGACUUCAGGUGAUGCGUCCACCUCGGCAUCCCAAAGUGACGGGAUGACAGGCAUGAGCCACCGCGCCCGGCGUAUUGUAUUGUAUUGUAUUGUAUUG